AUGUAUGGCAGCAGCCUUGAUGAGCAACUCAAAAGGCGAGAUGAUUGGUGGAGGCAACAACUCGGUGCCGCCGCCGCUGGGGAGCCUACUGCUCCCGAGUCGCCCGUGGAGCUGCCACCCUCCCCCGCCCCAGAUCAGGGGCUACCGCCGUCGCGAGAGCGCAAGCUCCGAGGGCCGGCCCUACCACCAUCGCGGGAGAUCCAACCGAGAAGGUGCGAGGAGAGCCCACUGUCGCGUCUUGUUGGUGGGCCGCCGUUGCCCGGUAUCUCGGUGCCGCUGCCGCUAGGGAGCCUGCUGCUCUCAAGGAAUCUGCCCGUGGAGCCGUCCGAGGAUCCCACCGCCGUCGUCGUCGUCGCCGCCGGGGAGCCCGCCCAAGGAUCAAGUCGCUGCUGCCCGGGACGACUUUGCAGAUCCACGCUCGUACAUGUCAGAUCCACCCUCCCCCACCCCAGAUCGGGGGCUACAGCCCGAGCUCACCCCUCCGCUGGGCCAUCAAGCUUGAGGAAGGAGACCCAAUCUCAACACUCCGCCACUCAUUUGCGGUCAGUCCGCGGAAGGAGAGCAAGGCACCAGUGUGGAAGGAGAGAAUCUGCCCGGCCUCAAGCCCACCGUUUGAGCUCGCCGGUUGCUCGUUCCCGAGUGUUUGUCCCUAUCCUGCAUCAUGUAGGGCCGCUCUCUUCCCUAGAUUGGUUGCUGCCAUCGAUGGAGGCGACCGAUCUUAGCGCUAUCAGAGGCCCCGUCUCCAAUAGCCACCAUCUGGGCUACCCACCAUCACUGGCCACGCUGUCGUCAAGGGUCCUCCCUCUUCAGACCAUGUUGCUAAUGUUGUCGGAUGCUGUUGCAAGGAGCAAGUCAGAGAGGAGCUUUGCCAUCAAGAGGUGGGCUUGGGGCAGGUGUUAUCGCUGCCUCGCACAUGAUCACCAAGACAGCUCAUGCAAGAACUUCUGUUGCAACCGCUGUCGCCGCCCAGGUCAUCGGGAGCGACAUUGUCGCUUUUGGUUUCCUCUUCUGCCCGUCGAGUUAACUCCUCUAAGCAAUGUGACCAUCCUCAACAAUCGAGGACUUGGGCUGAGGUAGUGGCCAAGCCUUCGCCAAGUACGUUGUUAGCUGACGUCAUCGCCAAGUCUCAAUUGCAAGAACAUCGCAAUCCUUUGUUGGCUUCUCAACCCAUCGAUUUGCAUGGUAAGGACGACGAUCCUGUUUGUCAUAGCUGUU